AAGGAAACUCCGCGAUCCGCUAGCUAGAAUCGACAUGGCGGCGGCGAUGAGGCUCUGUGGCCGGGCGCUCUGGCGAACGCGGCAGUCGCCGAUAGUCUCGGAGCAGCAUCGACAGCUAUUCCCAAGGCGAUUCGGCAGAACUAGGGCCACUACUACUGAAGAGCAAAAAGACGUUGCGGUUCGCUUAGAACAGAUCGACGAGAAGAAAGAGGAGCUUUACAACAUGAUUUUCGACAUUGUGUGUAAAUACAAGGUUCCUGGAAAGAUAGGCCGAGAGAACAAUUUGCUGCUCGAGCGACUCUCCGUGCAAGUAAAGCCCAGACCAAAUGAUGUCUACUGGCGCUCGUGUCGAAGAACAGAAAAAAACAACCGUAUCUUGACCAAUGUGGGGGCUUAUUCUGUGGGUUUGGUGAGCCCGUUUGUUUUGCAUUGGCUGAUCACAGAGGUUUGCCCGAGAAGAAAAACUUGGUAUGAGGAGUGGUGGGACGCCGUGAUAUUGGGAAAGAGGAGUUGAUUGGGUCGGAGGUCAAGGAUCCAAGCAUGUUAGCGGAGAAAAAAUUUCUGGGACCGGGCGGCAUGCUCUGUCUCCUGACGCUCGGUAGUUAACAAAAUUGGACGGGCAGUUCUGAGUUUGGACAGCAUCACUCGAGUCCCGCGCGUCAUCUUUUGCCAAACCCGCGUGCAUGUUCUGUUGCGGCAAAAUCAACAGUUUGUGUAUGUCCUGAAA